AUGAAGGCUUUGCGGGUCUUUGAAGACGAGGAGCUACUGCGAGAGGCCGAAACGGCACUUGACAAAUUAAGGCAGCUGUAGAUUUAGAUAAGAAUUAUGCGAAUCUCUCGUUUUUUUACACGACUUCUACUUCUUGUCGAACAUGAACAGCUUUUAGACGUCUAUCAAAUAUAUGUUCCAGGGUGCAGGGUAGCGGCCUCCCCCCUGAGCGCGGGGGGGCGUGGAUCCCCGGACCCCUUUUGAAGGCGUCUGCCAGGGGUGGAAGGCUUCCAAAGGGGUCCAAGGGGCCUCCUCCGCUCCCUUCCAGCGGCCUGCAUGUACCCGAGAGACUUCCUAUAUGCUGGCCCCUCGCCGCAGCAGCAGGCUGCCGGGUGUGGAAGGCCUCCGAAGGCGGCAAAAGGCUGGAUCCCCUGAGCCGUGUGGCCUGUACCCUCCGGGCCUUUGGUCAUCGGCCUGCUGGCUCUUGCCGCGCAUUAAUUUGAUGAGGGGAGCCCAGCAACAGGGGCCCGGCAUCGAGACCGUGGCCGCCUUCGGCGGCCUUCUACACCGGAGACCUCCGCCUACGAGGGUCGGCAAAGGCCCGGACGUCUGUCGGGAACAUGCCGAGAGGCGUGAGGGGGCGCCCGCUCCCAGUUUUGACGCCGUCCACCCCGAGAACCCGGGAAAGCAGCGCGGAAAGGAGCGCACAAGCGCUACCACAGAUCCACCCACAGGGGCGAGCGGGCGUUUCUGUAUCAUAUACCAUUCUGUGUAGUUUGUUAAAAACUGCUUAAAUUUCAUCCUUAUGCCUGCGGUAGGUGUUGUAGCCAGCACGAUUAAUGAAAAGAAAUAGUUUAGAAGUAGUAGAAAAUGGAAAUAAUGAAUGAUUAUGAAGGGCCUGUGCAGGUCCAGGUCUAACACCACAACGAGUUCUCACGGUAAAUCUGCAAUACGCUGAAGAUCAAGAGUACGCUUCGAAGAAAAGGAAAGGGAACGGGCAGAGUGGUGCCUCGUUUAGAAGUACAUCUUCGUCGAGUAACGAGGACUCCGACUCUUCAUCAUCAUCAAGCAGUUCUUCGAGUGACGAGGAAGAAGAGCCGGUAAUCGAGCCAGAAGAAGCUGAGCGUAUCAAAAGGAUCGUAGAUGGUCCACGACGGCAACAAGAACUACAGGUAACACGAAACAGCUCCUCAAGUACAACGAGAACUACAUCUUCGACGAGAGUAUCUUCAGCGUUUGCUGCUCCUGACACCGAUGGGGACCCAACUGACAACGGGUUUCAAGAAGCAGCACCAUCUCCCGAGGAUAUGUCACCGGUUCGAGUACUACCAAAACCGCCACCUGGCACAACACGUCCCUCCAAGCCUAUCAUUGGGUUCGCUACUAGAAACUCUAACUCGGCUAAAGAUAAAAAGCUAUUUGAUGGUGCUGGAGGAGGGGCCGCUCAACCGAAAAAGUUGUAAUCCAGGUUGUCAAUGAUCUCAAUGCUUCUCAGGAUCUAUCUUUUUGAUUGAUGAACAUUAUAUAUACAUAGAAGAAGAUCACGUUGUUAUUUUUUCGCGGUGUCCGUCGAUUGUGUUGGCAGGAGCAUUUUUAUAUGUGCCGACUCUUGACUCUUUAGUUAGGACGAGGCUUCACAUCGACAUGGCCCCUUUUCAAGCCGCUGACCCUUCUUCAUGAUCGCACCCCUGGAUUGGCUUCCUUGGGUUAACGUACUACUACUAAUAAUACCACUACCGACGAUCGCCCUAAGUAAACGAAGCCAGUACUUCGCGCUACUGGUUGUGUCAACCACCCUGAUGUUUGUCGCUUCCUAGAAUUUCCCACUCAACAGCCUCGAAGGGCAAGGAGAAUAGGCGAGCCGAGGUCAGUGGAAAAGCAUCGCCACAGCCGCUAUCGCUAAUAUUGCUAUGAAUUCCAACACUAUAGGUCUAAUUCUAUGAUGAUCAUCAUCAUUGUUGCCCAUGCCCAUGUUAACCUUAACCAUAUCUUGCUUCCGGGUCCUUGCUGCAAACUAGUCACGUUUAGGUACAUUCAAUCUUGCACUUGGUAGUAGUUGCAUGAUCUUCAGCAUAAACAUAAUCCAUACUACGUCUAAUACGGUGAUGAAGGCGCCGACCUACACCUACUCCAUGAUAUUGAAAAACUCCAACAUCUCCAUAGUUGUACAUCAACACAUCGAUCAUCGAUUUCGAUAUCUUCAAAUUGCAUAGAUUGGCCGUGGCCACAUGCACAUGCAUUCAGUGAAAGAAAGCAAACAAAUCGAACUAUUCAUCAAUCAUUAGAAUCUUCGAGAAAUUUAUUUCGUAUCUUCUUGAUCUUCUUCCCUUGUACAAUUUAUUUUUCCCUCACAAAUAUUAAUUUCAAUUUCUCACAUAGUACUCAUGAUCGACCCAUAGACGUAGACCACCUUAAUUAGCCUUUCAUCUACUUAUCCCCAUACAUUUACAUAGUGUAUCACUAUUCUUGUUCACAUUCACAUCAUGUACGUGUUGUACCGACACGCAAAACGGAAAGUCGUGAUGUCCCAACUUCAAAGAAUUCCGUGCGCACAAGAUUGCAAACCCUCUCCAUUAGUUGUCACCUUUCGGUCAUAGUAGACCGACAGAGACGCCUCUAUCGGCUCUUCUGUCCUGGUUCGAACUUGACUUGCAUUACCACUUCUGUGCUUCAGAAAUAAUAUACCACUUCUCUGUAUUCCUAUUCCUAUACAUAGUACCACAACCACGUUCAAGCAAAACAAGCAAAACGAAAUCUCAUUGUUCAUGCCUUUUGCCUCAGUUUUUCUUACACGGGACUUCUGG